GCCCCAGGGACUGCAGCUGCUCCUCAGUCUGCCAGGUUCUGCUCGGGGACGCCACGGCCGGACCUCCUCUCUGAGCGUCUCUGCUGGGUUUGGGCCCCAGGAUUGUGGGCAGCGCUGAAGGAGCGGGACCACAGGAACACCUGAACCUGGACGCUCUUCACCUUCCUGGUCAUUAUCAUCCAUCCAUCAUCCAUCAUGGCAGGGUGCAGGAUUGGGGCGUGGUCUGCAGGGGAGAGAGGGAGUGCGGGGGAGUGACGCACAGGUGACGCGGCUGGAACAGCUGAUGGUGCACAGGUUCAUUAGUUCCUGGUGGCUGAACACUGCGAGGGGACUAAGUGAGGGAUCCACAGUCCAGAAUCCAGCAUGGCCGAAAUCGUGAACACGUUGCCAUUCUUCUAUGGCAACGUCACUCGGGAGGAAGCGGAGAGCUACCUGAAGCAGGCUGGCAUGGGCACCGGCUUGUACCUGUUACGCCAAAGCCGAAAUUACCUGGGAGGCUUUGCGCUGUCCGUGUCCCACUCGGGCCGCUGCUACCACUACACCAUCGAAAGGCAGCCCAAUGAGAUGUUUGCCAUAGCUGGUGGGAAGAGCCACAGGAGCCCCAUGGAUGUGAUUGAUUACCACUCCCAGGAGAUGGACGGGCUCGUGUGUCUGCUGAAAAAGCCCUGCAACAGGCCCAAGAACAUGCAGCCGAAGGUGGGCCCCUUCGAGGACUUGAAGGAAAAGCUGAUCCGGGAAUAUGUCAAGCAGACCUGGAACCUGCAGGGAGCCGCUCUGGAGCAGGCCAUCAUCAGCCAGAGGCCUCAGCUGGAGAAACUCAUCUCCACCACUGCUCACGAAACCAUGCCCUGGUUCCACGGACCAAUCGCACGCGAGGACUCGGAGCCCAGGCUUCAAAACGGGCACCGGACAAAUGGAAAAUUCCUGAUUCGACAGCGAGACCAGUCUGGAUCCUAUGCUCUGUGUUUGCUGCACGAAGGGCUGGUGAUGCAUUACCGCAUCGACAGGGACCAGACCGGCAAGCUCUCCAUCCCAGACGGCAAGAAGUUUGACACCCUGUGGCAGCUGGUGGAGCACUACUCCUACAAACCUGACGGCCUGCUGCGAGUCCUCACGGAGCCCUGUCCAAGGCCUGACGGAGACACUGUGCUGAUAGGGCGCCUGCCACUUUCACGGGACCUUCCUGGAUUUGGUUCUGCCAUCCAAAGUGUCGCUGAUGGAUUCUUUUCCAGAAUCAGGAAUGCUCAGUCUCUGCUGCCUGGAAAAAAGAGACGUGGAUCUCAGCGUAGCAACGCCGAUAAUCUCAAUCCAUAUGAAACCAGGCUGGGUAAUGAAGCAGCAAUGCCAAUGGAUACAGAAGUUUACGAGAGUCCGUACGCUGAUCCUGAUGAACUGAGGAGCUCCACCGUGGACCGCAGCCACCUGAUGUUGGAGGACGGGGAGCUGGGUUCAGGGAACUUUGGCACUGUAAUAAAGGGCAUCUACAAGAUGAGAAAGACAGAGAAACAAGUUGCAGUGAAGAUUCUGAAGAACGAUGACAACAACGCGUCGGUGCGAGAGGAAAUGCUGAGAGAAGCCGACGUCAUGCAGCAGCUGGACAAUCCUUACAUCGUUCGGAUGAUCGGCAUCUGUGAGGCCGAGAACCUCAUGUUGGUCAUGGAGCUGGCCGAGCUGGGGCCGCUGCACAAGUUCCUGCAGAAAAACAGGCAAACGUCCCUGAAGAACAUCACGGAGCUGGUCCACCAGGUGUCUAUGGGCAUGAAGUACCUGGAGGAGCAUAACUUUGUACACAGAGACCUCGCUGCCAGAAACGUCCUGCUGGUUACGCAGCACUACGCCAAGAUCAGUGACUUCGGCCUGUCCAAAGCUGUGGCAGAGGACCAGAACUACUACAAGGCCAAGGGUCAUGGGAAGUGGCCCGUGAAAUGGUACGCUCCCGAGUGCAUCAACUACUUCAGGUUCUCCUCCAAGAGUGACGUGUGGAGCUUCGGAGUCCUCAUGUGGGAGACGUUCUCCUACGGCCAGAAACCGUACAAGGGAAUGAAAGGAAACGACGUGAUGCAGAUGAUUGAGGGCGGGCAGCGUAUGGACGCCCCGGCCAACUGUCCACCGGAGAUGUACGAGCUCAUGAGGACCUGCUGGACCUACAAGGCAGACGAGAGGCCCGGCUUUUCUGUUGUGGAGCCAAGACUCCGAGAGUAUUACUACGACAUCGCCCAGUGAUUCUUCACAUUGAUGUCAUGAGGUCAUGCGAGCUCUUGGUUUAUCUCAGACAAAUGGCCUCUGGUUUAGAAACGCUGUAAGAUGUAGACUUGGACUCUGGAUCUGAUUCACUAUCCUAAAUAUCGGAGCGGCUCAGGUCCAGGACACGAAAGCACGAAGCAUCCGCCACUUGGAGGCCUCGUUUCCUGAAAACGUGUUGAAGUGGCCCACGCAGCCCCUGGCAUGACCCCUGCUGAAGACGUCAGGGGACGGAGGUCCUGCAUGGACUAAACAUUGCUUCUAGACUAAAAAGAUCUGCGUGAACGUGUGAACGUGUGAAUGAGUGGGUGAAUGGGUGUGGCUUAUAGUGAAAAAACGCUCCAAUUGGCCGACCAGUUUGGAAAGCUUCUAUCAGACGAAUGUUUUGUUACUUCUGCUUUUCUUAUUUGGAUGUCAGCAACCUGAAAUGCAUUUUAGUCGUUUUACUGACAACAGUUUGCAUGAAAUAAUUAGUUCAUCGUGCUUGAAAAUGAAGGGCGUGGUAUGUGUGACAGACGUCCCACCGUGUUCCUACACCUGAGUCCCUUGUUGUCUCAGACACCAUCAUCAUAUUAUCGCUUUGUUUACUGUGAUUCAUCUAAGCUGUUAAACCUGUUCAGUAUUUUACAAUAAACAUCCACAAACGGUGAACCAAAGAUGUUUUCAUCAUUUGAAGAUUGAAGAGCACAAUUAAUCCAAGCCUGCCGAUGUCUUGAAUGUGGUUUUUAGUGAUACAGUGGGGGCAAAAAG